GCUUGAAAUUUCCACUCGCCUGCUCGCCAGUGGUGAGUGGAAACUAUGGUGGGGACGAGUGUGUCCCCCAGGGACGUCUUGCUGAGCAGGCUCGGAGCUCAGGCCGGAUUUGUCUUUGGCACUGGGAGCUGUUAGACUGCUCAAUAGCUGAGCGCAGUGAAAGCAAAGGAAGGAGUGUGUGCUGUGCUCUCUGCCUCCCCCUAGAGUGCAGUACCUGGCUCUGUGCGUGAACAACGAAGUACUGCAACUUUUUAUGGGGGUGUGUGUUUGUGUGUAUUUGUGUGUGUAUGUGUGUGUGUGUGUGUGUGUGUGUGUGUGUGUGUGUGUGUGUGUGUGUGUGUGUACGUCUGUGUUUGUGUGUAUGUACAUGUGUCUGUGUGUUCGUGUGUAUGUAUGUCUGUACGUGCCUGUGUUUGUAUACAUGUGUGUGUGUGUGUACAUGUGUCUGUGCAUGUGUGUACAUGUUUCUGUGUGUAUGUACAUGUCUGUGUGUGUGUACAGGUAUCUCUGUGUGUUUGAUCUGUACAGUUCUGCAGUCCGCUCUUGGCUUGCAUUCACAAUUGUUUAGUGUAGGAAUGUGUGCAAAAUUGUGCAAUAAAAACGUGUCACUUUGCUGUGCUAUUCAU